UGAAUCUUUUGACAAAUAUAACCUUGAAUGCUGACUUGCUUUGAAUGCAAAUUUUCUCAUGACAGUUGGUACAUUUGGUGGAUAAAACAGAGCUCCUCCUACAAAAAGCCUUCACUUCUAAGGUCAUUUGAAAUCCAUUAAGCUAAGAAGCUGUUCACUGAGACAGAUUUCAGUGGUAUUGCAGAAGAAUUUGAUUAUAACUGGACACAUUAUUCACUUAUAAGUGGAAAUUUCAAGAUAUUAAAUCUUGGAGAAAUGGCUCUCACUCGUUUGGAUAGCAGAUGCCUCUAUACCCUUCUUAUUUGCAUGGCAUUUGGCUCUACUUUGUCUUCAAACGCCGAGAUAAACGUUAAUGCUCCUCAGGACUUUGAGAUAGUAGAUCCUGGAUAUUUAGGUUAUCUCUAUUUGCAAUGGCAACGUCCUCUGUCUCUGGAUAAUUUUAAGGAAUGCACAGUAGAAUAUGAAUUAAAAUACCGAAACAUUGAUAGUGAAAACUGGAAGACCAUCAUUACUAAGAAUCUAUGCUACAAAGAUGGGUUCGACCUUAACAAAGGUGUUGAAGCAAAGAUACGCACACUUCUGCCAGGGCAAUGCACAAAUGGGUCAGAAGUUCAAAGCUCGUGGGCAGAAGUUACUUAUUGGACAUCACUACAAGGAAAUCUGGGAACUAAAAUUCAGGAUAUGGACUGUAUAUAUUACAACUGGCAAGAUUUGCUGUGCUCUUGGAAAUCUGGCAUGGGUGUUCAUUUUGAUACCAAUUACAACUUGUUUUACUGGUAUGAGGGCUUGCACCAUGCAUUACAGUGUGCUGAUUACAUCAAGGUUAAUGGAAAAAAUAUUGGAUGCAGGUUUCCCUAUUUGGAGUCAUCAGACUAUAAAGAUUUCUACAUCUGUGUUAAUGGAUCAUCAGAAUCCGAGCCUAUCAGACCCAGCUAUUUCAUUUUUCAGCUUCAAAAUAUAGUUAAACCUUUGCCACCAGACUACCUUAGUCUCAUUGUGAAGAGUUCAGAGGACAUUAGCCUGAAAUGGAACAUGCCUAGAGGACCCAUUCCAGCAAAGUGUUUCAUUUAUGAAAUCAAGUUCACAGAAGAUGAUACUACCUGGGUGACUACCACAGUUGAAAAUGAAAUAUACAUUGCAAGAACAUCAAAUGAAAGCAAACGAUUAUGCUUUUUAGUAAGAAGCAAAGUGAAUAUUUAUUGCUCAGAUGAUGGAAUUUGGAGUGAGUGGAGUGAUGAACAAUGCUGGAAUGGUGACAUAUUGAAGAAAGCCUCGUUAUUUUUCCUGAUACCAUUUGCACUUAUCUCAUUACUUGUCUCAUUAGUAACUUGUCUGGUUUUGUACAAUCAAAAAGAUUUACUGAAAACGGCUUUUCAAACAAAAAAAGAAGUCUUUUCUCAUCAGGAGACACAGUGUUGACUCAAUUAUUUCCGGCCAAAUAUGAAAUAUGAGUCUUAUUAAACUGAAUUUUUGCUCCAA